AAAUGCAUCCUAUAAAAUUACGAGGGAACCACCCCUCCAAUGUCUCAAACCCAGUUGUCUUUCUCUCUCAAACUGUGCUUAAUUCCAUUUCCUUGUCCACUUACUUCUUGAUCUCUAUCUCUAUCUCUAGUUUGUAGGGAGAAGAUGGGGUUCUCUUUCCCAGUUGUCGACUUGCAGGAACUCGAAGGAGGAGAGAGAAAGUCCGCCAUGGAGCUCAUCAAUGACGCCUGUGAGAACUGGGGUUUCUUUGAAGUGGUGAACCAUGGGCUGUCUCAGGAGUUCAUGGACCAGGUGGAGAGUUUGACAAAGGAGCAUUACAGGAAGUACAUGGAGAAGAGGUUCAAGGACGAGGUGGCUGAGAGAGUGUUGAAGAAGGAAGAAGAGGUUAAGGACUUGGAUUGGGAGAGCACCUUCUACCUCCGCCACCUCCCCUCCUCCAACAUCUCCGAGAUCCCCGAUCUCGACCACGAAUACAGGAGGGUAAUGAAGGAAUUUGCAGGGGUGAUAGAGAAGUUAGCUGAGAAGCUGCUGGAUGUUUUGUGUGAGAACCUUGGUCUGGAAAAGGGGUAUUUGAAGAAGGCCUUCCAGGGUAAGAACGGUUACCCCACCUUUGGAACCAAGGUCAGCAGCUACCCGCCAUGCCCGCGCCCGGAGCUUGUGAAGGGACUUCGAGCCCACACCGAUGCAGGGGGCCUGGUUCUGCUCUUCCAGGACCCUCAGGUCAGUGGCCUCCAGCUCCUCAAGGACGGUGAAUGGGUCGAUGUCCCCCCUCUCCGUCACUCUAUUGUCAUCAACAUUGGGGACCAACUCGAGGUGAUCACCAAUGGGAGGUACAAGAGUGUGAUGCACCGUGUUGUUGCCCAAACGAACGGCAACAGGAUGUCGAUCGCAUCCUUCUACAAUCCCGGAAGUGAUGCUGUCAUAUUUCCGGCGCCUACCCUUCUCAAGAAAGAGACUGCUGAGUACCCCAAAUUUGUGUUUGAGGACUACAUGAAGCUCUAUGUGGGACAAAAAUUCCAGGCCAAGGAGCCCAGGUUCGAGACCAUGAAAGCCAUGGAGACCGUUUCCCUGGGCCCUAUAGCUACUGCAUAGGUGGAUAUUUCCAUAUAAUUAUGUAUGUUGUAAAGUAAUCUAUAGACGUAUACCUACGUGUAUGUGAAAUAGAGUCUAGUCUUAGCUUAGAAAAGCUCUGAAAUUUGUUUGUUUGGGGCACUACUGUGGUUUUUGUUGUGAUGGAAAGGAUUAGUACAUGUUUGAAUGAAGAGUUUAUCUUGUUUUGUUAA